AUGAUAGGGUUGCCAGGCAUAUUGCUGAGAGUUUCAGAGUUGGAUUUUUUUGUGGGCAAUCUUGACUUGUUUUUUUUUUUGUUUUUCGGACACCUUCGAGGCCGUGUACACACAAAGAAAAAACAUGAAACUGCCAGCGGCCAGCUGCUGAUGCGAGAGAAACCACACAGCAAGCGAGAAAAGCCAGGCGAAAAAUGCACGCCGCAUCCAUGACGACGGUGGAGGUCCUGCUGCAGGAGUUCUACCAGCCGAGCACCUCGAAUGCCAGGAAGCGUGAGAUUGAAACGAACCUGCUGGCCUUCAAGUCGCAGCCGGAGGCGUGGCAAUUGUGCCUUCGGGUGGCAACAGCGUCUGAAGGUACCGAGAAUCAAUUCCUAUGGUUCUUCAGCACCUCAACGCUGGAGCACACCAUUACACGGCGAUGGACGCAGCUGACGCCGGAAGACAAGACCCUGCUGAGGGAGGCCCUAUGGAAUACAUACGCCCAAUUGGGUGCCACCCCAGCCAAACGGCACAGGGACACACUCGCACAACUGAUAGCUCUAAUGGGGAAGAGAGAGUUCCCGGAACAGGAUCCCAACUACAUGCAGCACUGCAUGGAGCUAACAAAGACACGGUUCCAGCUGGGCAUAAACCUAUUGAAAGUCACCUCCGAGGAGGUGGUGAGCAAUCGCGGAGACUUGACCACCGAAUGGAAGCAGUAUUUCUACUCCUGCAUCUCCAUGUGUAUACCCGAUGUCAUGGAUUUGGUAACCACGUAUCUAUUAAUCGCUGUGUGCCAUAUUAAUGGCAAAGACAUUCAAACGACCAUACCAAACACCCUCAUGGACUUUAGUCUAACCUCAGCGCUGCCAAAUGACAAUCAACUAAGUUCCUCUAUUUUGGAGCUGCUCGGCUGUGUGCAGCACUUGGUCUCCUGGAUACGCACUGAACUGAUCUCGGAGUACUUCCUUAUGAGCAUACUCGACCUAUCCCAGUGGCGACCCAACCACGAACCCAUCUCCCUGGCCGCCCUAUCGGUCCUCAAUGAGCUGCUCUAUCUGCAGAAACCGCUUCCCUAUGCCGGCACCCUCAUGGGCGGUGUCAGUAGCCUUCUGGAGCAGCACAAUAGCAAUCGUCGCCAGAGCGAUAUGUAUGGCGAUAAGUUCCGGGAAUUAUUGCGACUCUAUUCCACGAAAUAUGCCGGUAAACUGAUGCAGGAGCCCGAUGUCUUGGAGACUUUUCUCAAUCUUCUAUAUUCCUGUACCACAGAAUUACAUGGGGCCUUGGACUUUACGGAGAAACUGGAAAUAUGGACACCGAUCAUCAAGAACAUUGCACACCACCCCGCCAAGAUAACGCGCUUCAACCAUGUGCUCACCCAGCUGGUGGACGAGAUCAUGCGACGCACACAGUUCGAGGCCAACAAGCCGGAGCUGGAGGUGCUCGACAACGAGCUCAUGGAGGACGAUACCUCCGCCACCGAAUGGCAGCAGUUCCUGGACCAAUGCUUCGAGACCCUGGCUCUCCUGGCCAAUACUCGCGGCCCCCACGUCGUCUUCGCACAAGUCUACGCCCAUUGGUCGCGGCCACAGAUGUAUCUGUUGUCCCUGGAGCAUGCCCUCGAGCAUGGCAGUAAUCGCACCUACGAGGCAGCCCGGAAACUCAAGGGCGCCAAUGUGGGAGAGAUACUGCGCGAUUUUGCCACCGUCUGCCAGGCAGUGGUGCGUCUAGCUCCCUUGAUGGACACCUCCACGGCCUCCACGCCGGCUGUGGCCGAUGAGAUGGAAUCCCAGCUGAGGUUGCUGUCGGAGAGCCUGCUCCAAACACUGCAGCUCCUGGCCAGCAAUCGGCUCGGCAACGGCACCAACGAAAUGGAUAAGGCCUCCUUCCAGACUGAUAUGGAUAACCUCUACGCUCAAGUCCUGCUGGCCAUACGCAGCAUCUUUCCGCUGUCCAAGGCCAUGGGCAGUGACGAGCUUCUCCAUCGGAUGUUUGCCAUUCUGGGCAGCAUCUUUGCCUGCAACGGCUCCCUGUCGGCGGCCUCGCCCAUCGUCCAGCAGGCAGCCAGCGAGCUGCUGCUCUUCAUCUCGACUGUGAUACGGCCCAAGUGCCUGCUGGAGAUCCCCCAGAUCCAGAGCCUCCUGCAGGCCGGCUCUCGCCUGGGCGCCCAACUGCCCCGACAGGUGUGCAUCAACGUCCAUAUCAGUCUGGUUAGCUACAUGGUUCUGCCCUGGAAGUGCGUGCCCGAACAGCAGCAGGACUACCAGCGCCGGCAGUGGAUGCUGCGCGAGUAUAUCCAAGGAUUGGCCCAGAAUUUCCUCGAUCUCGAUCUCGGCCAGGCCAACGAGAGCAAGGUGGCGGCCACAACGCUUAGUCUUCUCGGCACCUUUACGGCUUUAAUAGAGUACUUCAAGGCCACCGGCGGCAAUGCCAAGGACAUGCUGGCCAGCACAUUCAAGCCCAUCCUGACCAAGGCGUUGAUGAUCUUCAAUAGCUUCGGCCUGAGCAGCAUUGCCAUGGCCAUUACAGUGGCCGAGUUCAGUCUGAGCAUGCUCCGAACACUGCCCACCCAUUUAGGUGGCCAGUUCAUCAAGGAGAUGGUGACUUUGUUCAUCAAUGUCAGCAGCAGGGAACAAUUGACACUCAGCCGCCUGGCUGUAAUGGAGAAAAUCCUGCAGAUGUUCAAGCUGAUUGUGGAGCAACCGGGCAGUGCUUCUCUGGGUCUGCUGCCCUCCAUUCUGGACUUUAGCACCCAGCAGAUACUGCCGUUGUUGCAACAACAAAACGCUGCCACGGACAGUAGCGAGAUAACUAGUCUGUUGUAUGCUUUGUUCGAUAGUGUCCUGACCUGCAAGUGGCAGUUCUUCUACAAGAAUCAACUUUCCAACGGGCACACAGGCGGCUCUGGUUCUGGCAGUGGCAAUUUCAACUGCAGCGACAACCUGCAUCCGGCCCACUUCAUGGCCAUUCUGAAUGCCUAUGGCCAGAUGCUGGUGAGCGGCACAGAUCCCAGCAAUGUGCGCAGCGUCCUCUUCUCCAUGCAGAACGUGAACGAACGGAGUCGUCUGUACCAGCGCGCCCUGUUCAAGGAGCAGUUGCUGGCCUCCUUCCAGCGGGCUUUGCUCAACCUCCUGCUCAGUGGCGAGGGCGCCCUCCAUUUCGACAUGAUCGCCCAGUCCCUGUACGCCAUGGGCCAGGUGGACAGGCGACAGCUGCUUGAGAGCUUUGCUCAGGCUUCGCUGCCAGUGGCACAGACGGCGCUGGAGGAGAUCUGCCAGACAAGUGACAUUCCAACGUUUACGCAGAAACUUACACAGCUCAUGCAGGACGCCCACUGUGUGCAUCUUAAUGAGACGUCGUAGGCGAGAUAUAUCGCCUCAUACAUAACCACCCCAUUAAUCCUCCCAGUAUCCUCUAAACUUUAUUAUUUUUUGUUUGCUUUUUUAAUUUCUAUUUUUUUUGUUUGUUUUGUGCUCCUAAUUGUAAUUGUAUUUGUGCUUCUACUUGUAUGCCAUAUUUUCGAGUGUCAUUAUUGCUCACGUCCCCCACUGCCUCUUAUAAUUUUAUGUUUUUUUUAUUCAUUU